AAAUUUAACAAAGAAGGAAUUAAAUAAAAGGCCAAAACGCAAGGAAAACGAGUGUGUGAAUUGAGUGGUACCGUUAAACGAAGGUGGUAGUCCCCGGUUUUUUACUUUGUAAAGUUGUACCAUGCCCAAAUUGGUGCAAGCAAGCACGCGACACGUGGAUCCCUUGAAUCAGAAUCACGGUAUGGUGUGGUAACGUCACUAUCACAUCACCAUUUCUCGAUAUACUCAGAAAAUUAGUCUCUUCCUUUCACUUCCACACUGUCGUUAAUUCGUUGGGGCAUUGUUUGAGACCGUGUGCAAAGAGCGUGAUCGCAUUUCGGAAAGCAUUCUUCAACAAGAUAUUAAGUAGGAUAAUGAUACAGUUAUAGUAGCGCUUUUAGCACUCUUCUCUCUUUCAACUUUCUCUCUCUUCGUCGUUUCCUUCUCUCGCCAAAAUGGAACGGCCUCUGCUGACAGGCGAGACCAGUGGUGUCGAGAGCUUCAGGCCGCGGGGGAUUCACGGUCGCACUGACGCUAUCGCCUACGGCACCAACUUCGAGAAAGCCGCUGCGCUCAUCGAUCUGGCUGAAGAUGGUGUCGGUAUCCCUGAGCAAAUUCUUGAUUCAUCAAGCUUUCAAAGCUAUGCAAGAUUUUAUUUUAUAUUCACUAAAUGCAAUGUCAUCUGGUCUCUUAGUUAUUUUGCUUUGAUAGUCCUGAAUUUCCUUGAGAAACCUCUUUGGUGUAAAAAGAUUAGCGCACAUUCUUGCAAAGAUAGAGAGUAUUUCUUUUUGGGACAGUUACCAUAUCUAACUGAUGCAGAAUGUCUUAUUUAUGAGGGAAUAACUCUUGUUUUGCUAAUCAUGCAUACUUUCUUCCCAUUAGCAUACGAAGGGUCCCGUAUAUUUUGGAAAAAUACUCUUAAUCAAUUGAAGGUCUUCUGUCUACUAGUUCUUGUUGUUGAUGUGCUGCUCUAUGUUUUUUAUUUGUCUCCACUGGCUUUUGAUUUUCUUCCCUUCAGAAUUGCACCUUAUGUCAGGGUUGUUCUUUUUGUUCUGAAUAUUAGGGAGCUAAGAGAAACCAUCAUCAUCUUGGCUGGGAUGCUUGACACAUACUUGAAUGUCUUGGCUUUGGGGCUUCUGUUUCUUAUUUUUGCAAGUUGGGUGGCUUAUGUGUUUUUUGAGGACACAAUACAGGGGAAAACAGUAUUUACUUCCUAUGGUACUACAUUAUAUCAGAUGUUUCUUUUAUUUACCACAUCCAAUAGUCCAGAUGUUUGGGUUCCUGCAUACAAGUCUUCGCGUUGGUAUUGCCUUUUUUUCAUAUUCUUUGUGCUGGUGGGGGUUUACUUUGUUACAAACUUGAUCCUUGCUGUUGUUUAUGACAGUUUCAAGAGUGAGCUUGUAAAACAAGUUUUUGAGAAGGAUCGUAUGAGAAGAACUAUGUUGGAGAAGGCCUUCAGUCUCUUAGAUGCACAUAAUCUUGGAUAUCUCAACAAAGAUCAAUGCAUUAGGCUCUUUGAGGAGCUGAACAAAUACAGGACUUUGCCAAAAAUAUCCAAGGAAGAAUUUGAGUUGAUAUUUGAUGAGCUAGAUGAUAGUCAUGAUGUAAAGAUCAACAGGGAUGAAUUUGCCGAUAUUUGCAAUGCCAUUGCUUUAAAAUUUCAGAAGGAAGAUACUCCAUCUUACUUUGAGUAUUUAGCAUUCUACCAUUCACCCUAUUCAAAGAGAUUAAAAGCCUUUGUGAAGAGCCCCAUGUUUGGAUACCUAGUGUCCUUCGUUCUUAUACUAAAUCUGAUUGCUGUUAUUGUUGAGACAACGCUUGAUAUAGCAAACAAUUCUGGUCAAAAGGUGUGGCAAGUGGUUGAGUUCAUUUUUGGGUGGAUAUACGUAAUAGAAAUGAUUCUAAAGGUUUAUGCAUACGGAUUUGCGAACUAUUGGCGGGAUGGUCAAAAUCGCUUUGAUUUUAUUAUCACAGUGACAAUUGUCAUUGGAGAAACUGUAACUUUUAUUGUACCUGACAGUAUGGCUUUUUUCUCAAAUGGAGAAUGGAUUCGUUACCUUCUUCUUGCAAGAAUGUUGAGAUUGAUAAGGAUCCUAAUGUAUGUCAAGAGAUACCGAGCCUUUGUGGCAACAUUCUUGACUCUCAUACCAAGUUUGAUGCCAUACCUUGGAAUCAUAUUUUGUGUCUUGUGUAUUUAUUGCUCACUUGGUGUACAGAUUUUUGGUGGAAUCGUUAAUGCUGGAAACCCUGAAUUGGAAGGCACAGAUCUUGCUGAAAAUGACUAUUUGCUCUUCAAUUUCAAUGAUUACCCAAAUGGAAUGGUGACACUUUUCAAUUUUCUGGUCACAGCAACAUGGGACGAAGUGAUGACAAGCUACAAGGAAUUAACUGGGACUUCUUGGACCUAUUUGUACUUCAUUAGCUUCUACUUAAUUACUGUUUUGCUGCUUUUGAAUUUGGUUAUUGCUUUUGUCCUGGAGGCAUUCUUCGCAGAAAUGGAGCUUGAGUCGUCUGAAACUUGUGCAGGAAAUGACAAGGAAGUUGAAGGAGAUAAAUAUCGAAGGAGAUCUAUUGGCACAAAAACCCGAAGCCAGAGGGUGGAUGCUCUUCUUCAUCAUAUGUUGAGUGCUGAGUUGUGUCAAACACAGCCUUCCGACACGCAGACCUGAAAAAAUCUUUUCCCAGGUCUCUACUGUAAUAAGCAUGGAGUUUACAAAACCUAUUCGCCAUGGUGCAAUUAGAAUGGUUGGAUUCCAUGUGUGCUGCUUUGCGAGUGUGAUUUAAUUAAAUGGAAUCUAAAGUUGACCUUGACCGUGUCCUUCAUGCUUGGGAAAAAAACAGUUACGAAGUAAAAUAAAUAAGGAAGAAUAAGAAAUACAUGUUAUUUUAAAAUCGCAACAACCCUUUGUUACUGAUGACUGUUUAGUAAUUAUUAAUUUGUACUGCAUGUGCAACUUCUACCGUGUUCAUUGAAAAGGACAAUGUGAAUCUGUGAUUUUGUUUAGCUUCCUAGUAUUAAUUCAGGUUUUAGACCAGUGCCUAUGCAGUAGCUUAUAUAAACGUGAAUCUGUACCUUUUGUUGUUACAGGAUGCACAAAAUGUCCCACUUCAUUCUGUAAAGUUUAUUCCUAACUUUUGUAUGGUAUAUAUUAUGUGUUGCUAAGCUAUUGGAUGGACCGAAGCACGGAACGAGAUCGAAAGAAAUGCGAACGCAACAGUAAUUUGCAGGUUAGGUCAAACGCGAUUUUUCCGCAUUUGUGGUUGUGGAAAACGCUCGUGACCAAUUUGUGAUGAGCU